AUGAUGAUCCAGGAUAAUCCUAAACCAGUUUUCAUCCAAUUCAAGGUCUCCUCGUUCUCCCAUUCCACCUCAAUUAUUCGCGUCUCUUUAUCCUCAUACAGUCCUAGAGCACCUGCCUAUGGUCAUGCCCGUUUACCCGCAGAACAGCUUCUUCUGUCUUCUUAUAUUCAAAUGCAACAGAUGCUCGGCGCAAUUUCCUACUCUCAGAAUCUCAGAAUCUCAGAAUCUCAGAAUCUCAGAAUCUCAGAAUCUCAGAAUCUCAGAAUCUCGGAAUCUCAGAAUCUCAGAAUCUCAGAAUCUCAGAAUUUCAGAAUCUCAGGAUCUCAGAAUCUCAGAAUCUCAGAAUCUCAGAACCUCAGAAUCUCAGAAUCUCAGAAUCUUAAAAUCUCAGAAUCUCAGAAUCUCAGAAUCUCAGAAUCUCAGAAUCUCAGAAUCUCAGAAUCUCAGAAUCUCAGAAUCUUAAAAUCUCAGAAUCUUAAAAUCUCAGAUUCUCAGAAUCUCAGAAUCUCAGAAUCUCAGAAUCUCAGAAUCUCAGAAUCUCAGAAUCUCAGAAUCUCAGAAUCUCAGAAUCUCAGAAUCUCAGAAUCUCAGAAUCUCAGAAUCUCAGAAUCUCAGAAUCUCAGAAUCUCAGAAUCUCAGAAUCUCAGAAUCUUAAAAUCUCAGAAUCUCAGAAUCUCAGAAUCUCAGAAUCUCAGAAUUUCAGAAUCUCAGAAUCUCAGAAUCUCAGAAUCUUAA